CUCAUUUGUCUCCUCUCAUUCGCAGCACACACAGAAAGAGAUGGUGUCGCUGAAGCUCCAGAAGCGGCUUUCCGCCAGCGUCCUCAAGUGCGGGAGGGGCAAGGUUUGGCUUGAUCCCAAUGAAGUUAACGAAAUAUCCAUGGCUAAUUCUCGUCAAAACAUCAGGAAGCUUGUCAAGGAUGGUUUUAUCAUCAGGAAACCGACAAAGAUUCACUCACGAUCUCGUGCUCGCCGAAUGAAGGAGGCCAAGAGAAAGGGCCGUCACUCUGGAUAUGGUAAACGCAAGGGUACAAGGGAGGCAAGGUUGCCCACAAAAAUACUAUGGAUGAGGAGGAUGAGGGUGCUGAGGCGUUUGCUCCGCAAGUAUCGGGAAUCAAAGAAGAUUGACAAGCACAUGUAUCAUGACAUGUACAUGAAGGUGAAAGGUAACGUGUUUAAGAACAAACGAGUAUUAAUGGAGAGCAUCCACAAGUCCAAGGCUGAAAAGGCAAGAGAGAAGACCUUGUCUGACCAGUUUGAAGCAAAGCGAGCAAAGAAUAAAGCUAGCAGGGAAAGGAAGUUCGCCAGGAGAGAGGAACGUCUAGCCCAGGGACCCGGAGAGAAAGCACCACCCCCAGCUGCAGCAGCAUCUGCCCCUCCAGCUCAACCAACUCAGGGUUCUAAGAAAUCCAAGAAGUGAACUUUGCACUGAAGAGCAUCGAAUCAAGGCUUGACGUUUCCAUAUCAUUAUAAUGUCCUCUUAGCUAGUUUUUUCUUUUCAACUUUUAUGUUGUGUUUUCUUUUUCUUCUUCUUUUGAACUGUAUUACGUCAUAUCUAAAGAUGAAAGAAGACUUCAAAAUCCCGAUCCUAUGGUAAUUGUACUUUGUUUUGUUCUUUUGCUAGUUGUCUUGGAAUUCUCGAGGUCAAUUUGUUUUAUUUUAGUUGGUUUUGAUUUCUUAAAUCUAA